CCCGCGGGGGCCCGGUGCCACCCGGAGGGUCCCUUCGUGCCCAGCACGCCCAGGGGGGCACUGCAGCUGGGGCUGGCCGGGCACACGGAGCUGCCGCUGCGCCCCGACCGGGCCGCGCUGGCCGGGCUGAGCUGCGCGCUGCUGCUGCUGCUGCUGCUGCUGGCUGCCCUGGCCCCUCCUGAGGUCAUGACAGAAAAUGUGAUUUAUUCACCCAGCAGAUGCAAGAACAGAUCAUUGCACUUCCUUCCCUUGCUUUCAGCUGGGAUCACUAAUUCUGCAGGUUUAGAAGAAAUUAUUAAUUAGCAAUAAUUAGAAACCAGCCUCUCAGGGUGAUGAUGGAUGAUAUUGCCCCUCUCCCCGCCGCGGAUCAGCUGGACCUGGACUCCUUCAACACCAAAGUUUUCUUUGAGCUGCUGCUCAGGCACUCCCAGGCCGUCACCACCACCCUGGGCCACUCCAAAGAAGAGGUGAAAGUUCUGUAUCUCAGGGUAAUGGAUGAAAUCUCCCUGCUGGAAAAGCUUUGGCUGAAGGCUCUGAGCAUCCCAGGAAAGGGAGAGGAGGAGAGAAAAGAGGGAAAAGAGGAAAAAGAGCAGGUGCCUUGCCCUGGGAGCCCCAGGAUUUAUGGCAGCAGUGAAAUCCCAAGUGAUCCAGGGGAGUCCAUCCCCCAAAAACUGAUCCCACUGCUCCAGGCCGUGCUCCAGCUGCUGGAGGAAAACAGAAAAAACAAUUUAUCACCUCAGAGCCCAGGCUACUCCUCAAGGAGCACUUUGAAAGCCUCUGCUGCUCGCACAGAGGGGUUAAAAAGCGCAGAAAACCAGAAAACCACUCCAGCUUCCACAACAGCCCCCGGCCUGCUCCCCUCACCUGCAGGCAGGAGCACCCAGCUGCAGCAGGAGGUGCAGAAAAGCCCCGGGGAGGGAACUGCGAGUUCCUUGUCCCCCUCAGAGCUGGAGGAGCAGGUGGAUGCUCUGACUGAGGAGCUGCUGCAGAUUUUGGAGGAUGAAGAGCACUUUUUAAGCAGCAAAGGCAACGAAGAUCUGCUCUCCUAUUACCUGGAAAUAACCAGCUUGGAGAAGGAGAGUUUGGCGAAGCGAAUCAAUGCUUUGGAGGAGGAAAUAGCCCAGGGCAGAAAGUUGUGAUGCUCAGAACUCCGCGGUGGGCUCCAGCCCAAGGGAAAUCUCCAUUUCUGCCUUAAUUCCAGAGUUUCUCCUCUCCCUCCCAAAGGCUCAUUAAAUCAGGAGGGAGAGCAGUGCAGGGAUGGAAGUGACAAGAUUUUGGCUGCAGGAAAUGACAUUUUUGGCCACAUCCAAGUGCUGAGGAGAAAUAUUGCUGCAAAAUCCCAGAGUCAGGGUUUCCAGGAACAGCAGCAGAAUAUAGAAGCACUCAAUUCCUGGUGUGAAAUAAAUUAUUCUUUAAA